CGUCAUUGAGUCACAAGGCAGAUAAUAUGGCCGCCUACUGGGUUUAUGUGUUUAGUGGUGCUUUGCUGGUGUAAACAGGUAAAUGUUAAACAUCUGUGUUCUUCCCUGUGAACACGCUCAUCAGAAAGGUGUCAUUAAAGAGCGGCAUCGCAUAAAAUCUUUCCACUGAGUGUGUGCCGUGUUAGCAUCAUGGCGUCUGCGUUUGUGGUCGGAGAUAUAUUCCGAAAUAAGGUGACAGAGCUGCUGGAAAACACGGACUCAUCUCUGCCUCAGACCCUGAGAGAGGAACUGCAGGAGCUUCUGGAUAAAAGGGAAAUAAAACUGUCUUUCAGCACAGCGAGAAAACUGAAGAAAUACCUUCAGGACGAAGGACAUCCUUUCUACCUGCAUGAGUUGUUGGAGGACAGCUCACUGUACCUGCCUGAGGUUGUGAAGCCUCCCAGAAACCCUGAGCUGGUUGCACGUCUUGAGAAGAUCAAAGCCAAACUAGCCAACGAGGAAUACAACAGGAUCACACGGAACGUCAACACUCAGGAAAUCAACAGAAAUGGAAUCCUAGCAGAUUUUGGAGGGCAAGUGCGGUCGGUCAAAGCAUUGCUGGUGACCGUAUUCAACUUCCUGGUUACUGUAGUUGCUACUUUUGCCUGUUCAUACAUGGGGAGUCAGUAUUUGUUCACUGAAAUAGCAGCGCGGGUGAUAUCAGCUGUGAUCGCUGCAUCUGUAGUCGGGCUUGCUGAGCUGUACGUCCUGGUCCGGACCAUGGAGGGAGAACUAGGGGAACCUUAGCAGCUAUGAUCAAGAAAUGAGAGUAGCAGGAACCUUUGGAAGCAAAACCAGCAGACUACAGCAGCCCUCAAAGAAGAAUUUUGGCAAACACACCAAGUUUUGUGAUUCAGAUCUACUUUGCUGUAAAGACUUUUCCUGCUUUUUGUUUUUUAAUCUGUCAGGAAAAUUGGUGGAAUUAACCAGUCACGUUUAAGAUCCUGAGAAUUUAUAAACUGAGACAGUAGUAGUGCUAAAUGGAAGCUGGAACUUCUGGAAAAAAGCAAAUUGUUUCCAAAUAAUCAAAUAUUUGAUGUUUGACAUUCCACCUGCCCUUCUUCAUGAAUCAUCUUUCUUAUUUAUUUACACUCAUUUUUCAUGCCUUUCUUAAAUCUACAGCCUAGUUUUUCUCUCAUUGUCACUGCGCUGUAAAAUUAAUGUUAUGAUUUAUUCCAGUCUGCCCUAAAAUGUAAUCAUAUUUAAAAAGAUGAUUGCUUAAUAAAAUCAGCAGAACUAAUUAAAGGUAAUCACUCCAAUUAAUACCGUCUUCCCCAUAGAGUACUUUCUCUCUCUGCACUAUGUACGAUACUGACACUAAAACAUGAUAAGACCAAUGCGAGAAUGUCUUUUUUAAAUACAUUUUACCUCACUGCAAUUUAUGGUAAAUUAGUCUGUAGGUUGAGGCAUAUAACAUAACUUUAUUUUUCAAAGGUCUGGUAUUGCUGUUCCAUAUAUUUUUUGCCAUCAGAGUGAACAUAAAUACCAAAACCAACAGUUUAUCUCCAUAUAUUUUGUGAAUUUCCAACCCUGUUCAUGCCACUCAGCCUCCGGCGUACUGGUCAUUUCUAAACAGAUGGACCACAGAUACACUAUCAAGUUUCAUUACUCCACCAAGGAACUCGACGGAAUUAUGUGAUGAUCGGUGUAUGUUUGUCUGUCUGUGCACAACAUUACUCAAAAAGAGACGAAUGGAUUUUAUGAAAUUUUCAAGGAAGGUCAGAAACAAUACAAGGACCAAGUGGUUAGAUUUUGGCAGUGAUGUGGCUAAUAGUCUGGAUCCAUGGAUUUGUUAAAGAUUUCUGUAUCAUUGUGAGAUAGUGGCACAGCAUCACUGUAACUAUGACAACAAGUGAACACUACGUCAGCUGCCUGCUGCCGAUCACAUGACUGUGAUCCUACUACAAAUCCACCGUUGUGGACUUACCAGGACUUAUCCAUCAGAAAUGAUACAAUGAAUGGGCAGCCUUUGCAGAGUACUACUCUCUCCGAGUGUUUUUCUUGUUCUCUAAAGUGACUCAGUAAUUUAAAAGGAACAAAAAGCUGUACAAUAUUUAUGACUAAAUACAUACAGGCUUGUGAUAAAGUAUUCAACCCUCUCUUAAUUUCAUCUGUUUUGUGUGUAUCUCAUUAUAAAAUUUAACAUAAAACUAUUAGGGAUGACGCCAGCAGAGAGCAUUUGA